AUGGCUCUAAGCCACAGAGUCUCAGAGCGGCUUACAGAACGUCCGGUCCCUGAAGGCAUCCGACGGGGCACCGCGAUGGCUUCGCCUCUGAACGCGUUUGGAUCUGGCAACGGAUCGACCCAGCCGGUCGCCGGGGACGGGAACACCCUGCACUGGGCAGCCCUGCUGAUCCUCAUGGUCAUUAUCCCCACUAUCGGGGGGAAUAUCCUUGUCAUACUGGCCGUGUCCUUGGAGAAAAAGUUGCAAUACGCCACCAAUUACUUCCUCAUGUCCCUGGCGGUGGCCGACUUGCUGGUCGGGCUGUUUGUGAUGCCGAUAGCCCUUCUCACUGUAAUGUUUGAGAUUGCGUGGCCUCUUCCAAGGGACCUGUGCCCCGUCUGGCUGUUCCUCGAUGUCCUCUUCUCCACGGCUUCCAUCAUGCACCUCUGCGCCAUCUCGCUGGACCGCUACAUUGCCAUAAAAAAGCCAAUCCAAGCCAGCCAGUACAACUCCCGGGCCACAACCCUCAUCAAAAUAACGGUGGUGUGGCUGAUUUCAAUAGGCAUCGCUCUCCCAAUCCCUAUCCGUGGCCUCGGGGAAGGCGCCGCCACCCUCAGGAACUUCACCUGCGUGCUGACGCCAGACCGCUUCGGAGACUUCAUCCUCUACGGCUCGGUGGCCGCCUUCUUCGUCCCACUGGCCAUCAUGGUCGUGACGUACUUCCUCACCAUCCGGGUGCUGCGCAAGAAGGCCCACUUGAUCAACAAGCUCCCGCAGCGCUUGAACUGGAGUACUGUCUCCACCGUCUUCCAGCGGGACGCGACGCCCGGAUCGUCUCCGGAGAAGCUGGCCAUGCUGAACGGCUCUAGGAAGGACAGGCCCGUGGCCAAUGGCAACGAAGAGCUGCUCAUGCGCAGGAUGUCCACGGUCGGGAAGAAGUCGGUCCAGACCCUUACGAAUGAACAACGGGCCUCUAAGGUCUUGGGGAUUGUCUUCUUCCUCUUCUUGGUGAUGUGGUGCCCGUUCUUCAUCACCAACAUCACUUCCGUCCUCUGCAAGUCCGCCUGCAGCGAGGGGUUCAUCCAGAAGCUCAUGGAGAUAUUUGUUUGGAUAGGGUACGUUUCGUCUGGUGUGAACCCGCUGGUCUACACCCUUUUCAACAAGACCUUCAGGGAGGCGUUUGGCAGGUACAUGACCUGCAAUUACCGGACCUCGCUGCCUGUCCGGGGCCUUCGGAAAUGCUCCAGCAGGCUCUCGUUCAGGAAUUCCAUGGCGGAGAACUCCAAGAUUUUCAUGAUGCACCACGGGAUUAACCCGGUCAUGUACCAAAGCCCAAUGAGACUCUCACCGAUCCAGUCCUCAUCGGCCAUUCUCCUAGACACACUGCGGCUUACGGAGAACGAGAUUGAUAAGACAGAAGAACAAGUCAGCUAUGUAUAA